AUGGGAAGCCUCAAGAAAUUAGUACUGAUGGAGGUUAUGAGCGAAGAUUUCAACGCUUUCGCAAAACUAUGGAGUUUUAAACACAGUGUUUCGGCACCUUACCACCAACAAGCUAAUGGGAAGGCAGAAUCAGCUGUGAAAAUUGCUAAGCUGUUACUAAAAAAAGCGAACGAAUCGAAACAGGAUUUCUGGGAGAUACUUCUACAGUGGCGUAACACUCCGAACAAAAUAGGAAGCUCACCAGCACAGCGUCUCUUCAAUCGGCGAACACGUUGUGGAUUGCCGAUGGCCGUAAAGAUGUACGCACCAAAAAUAGAAGAAAAUAUACCCGAGAAAAUAUAUCGAAAUCGUCAGCAAACAAAACUCCAUUAUGAUCGAAAGACUCGAGCACUUCCAGACCUGGAAGUUGGACAGCCAGUUUAUGUGAAACUUAAUCCAGGAAACAAACAAUGGGCUAGAGGAACUGUAACCAAUCCGGUGACUGAUCGAUCUGCCGUCGUAUCCAUCGGUGAUCGUGAGUAUCGUCGAGACAAUAUGAUGAUUCAGCCGGCCAAUCUGGAAGCACCAGUCUAUGCAGAACCGAUUCCAUCUAACGCGGAAUCAACCUAUCCGGGUCGGAUUAUACAACAACCAAUGCAAACGAGUAAUAUUGUUCCGGAGGUUUCCCGUCCAAAACGUCUCACACACGCUCCCGUUAAAUUCAAUGAUUAUGAUUUGUAUUGA